GUCAAUGUAACUUGCAUUGUAUCUACAAAAUCUGUCAAUUAUCUCAUGUAGCCAAGAACGCGAAAUGACGCUGACGGCGUUAGAGAAGAGCAAUAGGAUGGAAUGGGUAAAAAUUCUCAGAAAAUUAGUUGAAAGAAAGAAAAGUAAGAAAACUAUAGAAGAUACAAAAUGGGAAGAAUCUAAUAAAUUUGAACAAUAUUACAAGAAGUGGAAAGGUAUCAAUGAUAACUUUCUGAAUGUUCCAACGUUAUAUGUAAAGCUUCCUUCAGAAGAAGAACCUUUGCUUCUGAAGCUAAGAGAGGAAUCCAGAGCUGUUUUUCUUCAAAGAAGAAGCAGGGAACUUCUAGAUAAUGAUGAAUUGCAGCGGUUGUGGUUUCUGUUGGACCAGCAUCAUACUCCUCCCAUUGUAGGAGAAGAUCAAAUGAUUAAUUAUGAAGACUUCCUUAAAGUGGGAGUAGAGGCUGGAGCCAAAUGCCAACAAUUUUUCAAAGCAGCAGUUUUCUGCAAGCUUCUACAGGCUGAUCCCUAUGGAAGGAUAUCAAUCAUGCAGUUCUUCAAUUAUGUAAUGAGGAAAGUGUGGCUUCACCAGACACGGAUAGGAUUAUCACUGUAUGAUGUAACUGGUCAAGGCUACCUCAAAGAGUCGGACCUGGAAAAUUAUAUUUUGGAGUUGAUACCCACGUUACCUCAGCUCAAUGGCCUGGAGAAGUCAUUUUACUCCUUUUAUGUAUGCACAGCUGUAAGGAAGUUUUUCUUUUUCUUGGAUCCUAUGAGAACAGGAAGAAUAAAAAUACAGGACAUACUGGCAUGUAGCUUCUUGGAUGACCUUUUAGAGUUAAGAGAUGAAGAACUGUCUAAAGAAAUGCAGGAAUCAAACUGGUUUUCUGCACCCUCAGCUCUCCGGGUUUAUGGCCAGUACCUCAAUCUGGAUAAAGACCACAACGGAAUGUUGAGCAAAGAGGAACUGGCUAGGUAUGGCACAGGAACACUUACUGAUGUGUUUCUGGACAGAGUGUUCCAGGAAUGCUUGACGUAUGAAGGAGAAAUGGACUAUAAGACCUACCUAGAUUUUGUUCUGGCAUUGGAAAACCGAAGAGAGCCACAGGCGUUGCGCUACCUAUUUAGAAUCCUUGAUGUCCAACAUAGAGGUUCACUCAAUGUAUUUUCCCUCAACUACUUCUUCAGGGCAAUUCAAGAACAGAUGAAACUGCAUGGGCAGGAACCAGUGUCAUUCCAUGAUGUCAAGGAUGAGAUAUUUGAUAUGGUCAAACCAAAGGACCUCCUUAAGAUAACACUACAAGAUCUGAUCAAGAGUGGGAAAGGUGAUACAGUGGCUAGCAUACUGAUAGACCUGAAUGACUUCUGGACCUAUGAAAACAGGGAGUACCUUGUUCCUGACACAUCAGAGGAAUCUGAGAUAUGACCCUGUUCUAACACUUAGGGACCAUGUGCAAAUCAAGUCACUACACACACUACCACACUGUGGCAUCCUCUUAGGAUUCAGUGUUACUGCUGGCAUUCUGGAGAUACCUGUACAAUACUACCUGAAGUUGUGCAGAUUUUAACAGCCACAGACUCAAUGUCUAUUGUUUCCAUUUGUCAAAUGUAAAAUUGUAAGAUUUUAAGUAUGCAUAAUGUUUGAUGCCUGUGUAAAAUUGGGAGGUUGAUAUGAAACAUUUCAUUUUCUUGCAAUACAAAAGAAUUGCCAUUGAAAAUAUGUUUUGCAGAUUGAAUUCCAAGUUGUAUUGCUAUUUUUGAAAUAACGGAUGACAUUAGUCAUUUGUGAUUUGCUAAUGUAUGAGAGUUUUUUUUUUUAUGGUAAGUGGCAUAUUGCUUUUGUAACAUAUGCAUUUAUGUGUUGACAUUCAAAUAGAUGUUUUAAGUUGCACAAGUUUUUCUUUUCAUUAGAAAAACAAGUACAUGGUAUUUAUGAAGCGAUACUUAUGUAGAAUAGAGGAUGUGAUCAAUAAUGAUAGUACUAUGGUUCAGUUUGUUUGAUAUGUGACUGAAGUAUAGUGAUCAUUAUGUUCUAUCUCUUUAUGUUGACACAUAGAAAUACGCUAACUCAUGUUGAUACAUGUACCACCUUUGGCAAAGAUUCUUUCUGAAUUAAAGCUGUGGUUUUGUCAAAUAUUUAUGAAAGGCAAGAUAAAAAUCUUUUUUCCAAGUUUGAAAGUGGGUUACUAAUUGUUACACUUUAGGAUGAAGUAUAUAUCCUGUGAAGUAUAAAUAGAUUUUCAAGUACAUUUAUUAGAUUUAAGACCAACAUUUGCAUCUGACACCUAUAUCAGGUUAUGUAUUAGGCAUUUCUUAUGUUAUAAAUCUGUUUGGAGUAAAACACUACAGGCUGAUUUCAAUUUCAUUUCCUAUUAACUUCAUAUUUUAGCCAGUCAUAGUCAAAUUUCUUGAUAUAUUUGUUAGGGUGAAAUUCUUCACAUCUUAUCUUCAUCACUUUCAAGAAGCAGAUUUAUAAAAGUAUUAGGUGUUCUUUGUUUUAAGGCCAUUUGUUAUCAUGAGUGAGCUUGGUUGACUUCUGAUAAUGUAGGAAGAGUCAUCUACAUUUGUGUUUGGUAGAAGCUUGAUACAGAAAACUGGCAGCAUCAUUGACCAGUGCAAUGACAGGCAUUCAUUGUUUCAUAUAUGCCAAAAUUUUAUUUCAAUCAAAAUCAAAACUGUAUAUUCAUUGACUGUCCUGUUAAUAUGAUGAUGAAGUUGAUCAAUAUGAUGUCUAUUGUUGAACUGUAGAUUACUUUGAUUUUGUUCAGAGUUACAUUCCUUAACUUUGCUUUUGUCUUUAGAACAUUAUUGAUUUGUGAUUUUUGAGCAAAUAUUCUGCAUUUAUCUUGCUUUCAUCUGAGAUUGACACUUCAGGUAACUUUGUAAGCUAACAAAUAUGAUACAAAAUCAAAGUAAUCUACAGUAUGCAGACUAGCUUCAUUGAUUGGUACAGUAACAGUUUAACACUUGACAUGGUAGUACAAAAUGUAGUUAUUUGAUGACAAGUCUGUCAUUUGUAGUUAGUAGUAUAGAGUGUAUGUGUACAAGUUCUAUAGUAAUUACAGCAACAUAGAUAUGAAGGUAGGUAAAGGUUUCAUUAUUAAAUUCAUCAUUUAAAACAGUUUAUCUGUAAUGGUGCAAUUGGUAAAGAUUCAGGUUUUUUUUAUAGUGGAAAAAUAGUCAAACAUGAAGUCUGUGGCAUCACAUUAUUUUAUUUGAUUUCUAUAUAUGCAAUGGUAAUUUUGUUUGUGUAUUAUAUGUAAAAAGGAAAUCCAUUUAUACAAAAGACAGGACUGAAAAUUCAUUGUCCAUAGGAAAUAGCCAUAUGUACUUUAUGUGUAUUAGGCACUCUGUUUGCUUAUGCAAUGAUAUUUUAACUUUUCCAUUGGUUCAGUAUUAUAUUUUUUUAUUGUUUCUUUGUGUGAUAUGGUUUAUUCAUGCACCAAAAAAAGUGUUUCUGCACCAUCAUAAUCAGAUCAUAUUUGUGUUGCUAUUUGAUAUUUUGUUAUGCCAUGGAUGCUAACUUUGCCAAUAUUAUUACAUACAAGGGUUAUGUUUAUCAUACACCGAUUUUUUUUUUUUUAAACAUAAACUGUCCUUGAAACUGAUUUUUGUUGAAAAAGUGGUUUAAGUAUGUUUGCUUCCUUUUUCUAAUCUGGGAAACCUUAAAUACCUGUUUCCUGUUUUGAUCAGGGAAAUCUUUAUUUUUAUGAGAAUCUUUAACAGGUUUGUUUCCUAUUUCAUACAUGCCAAGCAGACAAUUUAGUACCGUUUGUUUGUAGAUUUGCAGGGUGUCAAUAUUGCCUCAAUUAUCAUUUUAUUUGAACAUCACAUAUGUUUUACUGGUCAUUCCAUUGGUAUCAAGAUAUUUUCAAGGCAUUAAUAUUGCAUUGUAAGUUCUGUGUAUAUAUUGUAUCGACAGAGGGUACUUUUAGAUAGCCGGUCCGGGCUAUGAUGGCAAUAUCAGAAUGUAGACUUGGGUCAUCAGUAAUGCUGUUUAUGAAAUAUCAGUCACAAUAUCAGGUGCAGCCAGAUAGAACUAGAUCUCCUGGUGUAACCAACAUGAUAGCUUAUAAAAUAUUCUGUCUGGAAUAGCACUAAAAAGGAAGUUUACAGAGCGCAGAUUAUGUCUAGAUUAGCCUUGAAAACAAAGAUUUAAAUCAUGGCUUGUCAAAAUUUUUCUUCUUUUAAUUGUAAAAAGAUGGUUAUUAAUUUUCUCACCCUUGUUUUUCUAGUCAAAAAGUGACCAGCGCCUUCUACUACAGUGACUGUCUGUCCUGCAGUAUUCAGAAUCUUAUCAACAUGUAUAUUUCCUGAUAUCCUCAAGAAACAGAUAUAUCCCCAUAAGUACUGUGCAUUGAUAUUUAACUCUUAGAUACACAUGGCUUGAUAAGUAUAUAAUUAUGUUGCUAUUAAGUGUGUGGAGACAAUACGUUACUGUGUGAUGUGGUGCAUAUGGUCACUUGUGAAAAACUUAAAAAUUUAAAGUGUGGAGACUUAACCUAUAAAGAUGUACUAACACUAAUGUGAUCCGUCCAUAUCCUCCACAUCAAAGGAUAUUAUUGAGUCUGUCUCCUGUAAUAUUUUGUCAACAUCUGUGAUUACAAGUAGGUAUUAAGUUUAGUAAUGUACAGUUACUGUGAUCUUGUUAUAGAGAGUGUUUCCUCGCUACAAUUUAUAUGUAUGAUACAAAUUCUCAAAACAUAUUUGAUUUGGUGACUAAUCCUACAUUUCUGAUGUACGUCUUAUAUUUACAAAUGGGGAUUAAUGAUGCUCAAUUUGUCUCAUUUAAGAAUCCAGUUGUCUGGAAUACAUAUGUUAAUUGGAUGCAGAUGUUCUACUUAAUUUGAGUGAAUAAUGUAUAUCCUAGUAUUGUAGUCAGGUGUUAGAAAUAUAAUUGGUACUAUAAUUAUGCUAGUACAUGUCAUUCCUAUAGACAACUAAAAGCUAAUGUGAUAUUUUUUGUACAUCGGCCAAAUUUCCCUGUACACCAAAUUAGAAAUUCCCUGAAAGUCUGUGAUAAAUGCAUAUAUAUUCUAAAUUACCAUGUAACCCUGUCAUUGUCAUUGUUAACAUAGUCACCAAAACAUAGUCAGAAAUCAGUAAUACAUGGGUGUAGUUGUAUCUAUUGAAUAUAUUUUGAGCAGGUUGAUUAAGGAAUGCAUUGUAUUUUUUCUGUUUUAAUAGGAGUCAAGAAAAUAUCUUUUGAAAAAUGUUUCAUCUUUUUCUGAUGUAAAAUAAGCUUCAUUUUUAAUUGAAUAUAUUUCAAAACCAUGAUGUGAAAUGGAUUUUGCAGUCAUUGGUGUUGUAAUGUAGUUGUCGCUGGAUAAGUUUUUUUCUUUCUGUCACAGAUUUACAAGUCACACUGGACAUGAAACACAUUGUAUAUAGAAUCACUAUCCGAUAGUUUACGAUUUGUGAACAGGUGGUACUGGACACACAAUACACUGUAUGAUGGGCAAUAUACUAUCUGUAACAGAUCAUACUGGAAGCACAGCUGCCUGUAUGAUGGGUAGUUUACUAUCUGAAACAUGUCAUACUGGACACAAAUUACACUGAAGAGUGGCUAUUUUACUUUCUAGCAUCAUAUUGGAUAUACACAAUACACUGUUAGGUGGCUAGUUCACGAACUUUAACAGGUUAUACUGGACAUAAAAUACACUGUAUAGUGACCAGCUUACCAUAUCACAAAUCUUACUGGGUAUACACAAUACACAUGGAGUGUAGACCACUCCAUGAUAACAAAUUACAUAGAACAUUAUCGAAUGUCAACAGAAAGAUAGUUCUAUCAGAUAUGUGAGAAUACUAACUUGAGAAGUUUGGUAAGUAUUGUCCGUACAAAUUUUGUGAUUGUGUGUAAAUAAAAGAGACGAACUGAG